AUGUCCGUAUCAUAUUACACCAUUACCAUAUCGCCGGGUGGCAGGCUCAAGCUUGCUCUAUGGACGAGCGCCGGCGUGCAUGUGGGGGGAAACGAUCUGACGCGGGGGCUAGACGACACGCAAUACCUGUCCUACAUCGAGCAAUUCGCCCGGCUGAGCUCAGAGAGAGGAGCUGGGAGGAAGCACUACUGGCAACGGAACGCAGACGGGAGGUCAAGACAAAUGAGUCCAGCUCUUCACGCCGUCCCCUCUGCCGGCCUUUUGAUGAUUGAGUUAUUCUACCCCGCAUGCAGCCGCCUGCUACAUUUCUUGAAUGGCAGUGGCGUUGGCGCUCAGAUGUUCGCUUACCCUGCGUGCUCAACAGAUUCGCCAUACUGCUCGCUGCUCGCUGAGGGCCAGCUGCUCGAAAGCGCUAGAGCUCGAGCCCUUGAAAGCAUCGCACAAGCUCUGACACUGGGGGGCACGAUCUGUCAUGGCACGAUCUGUCAUGUGUGGCGAAGUCAUCGUCGCGAGUGCCGUGCUGUCCCGCCUCGAACGAUGUUCUCCAAUACUUUCACCCUCGGACCCAAUACCAUGUAUAAAGCAGAUAUCGAUAGCGGGUCUGCAGCAUAG